AUGUUAGUAAAUUGUUAAGAAAAGGAACAUGAAUUCCAUUUUAAUUAUUUUAUAAUGUUUUGGAAUAUUCAUAAAAAAUAAGGUAAUUUAAUAAAAUUAAACUUGAAUAUUAAGAAGGAGAUGAAGAAAAUGAAUCUAAAAUCAAAAAAGUAAUUUUAAUUUAAAUUAUUUUUAUUCAGAUUAAGGGUAAAAAAUUACAAAUUGCAUAAUAAAAUGGUAUAAAUCCAUAAAUAAAGGCAAUUAUGAAUUUGGAUUAAAAUAACUUAGCAUAUGCUUCAAGAGAUAGUAUCUACAUUUUAGAUAAAAAAAAUAAGUUUUAAGAGAUUUAAAAGUUUAAUUUUGAAGAUAAUUCAAUAAUAACUUAUGCUUGUUCAUUUUAUGAUUCAGAAAAAAAUUAUAUAAUGGCUGGGUAUCAAUUUAUCAUUUAAUGUAGGGUUGAAGAUUAAAAUUAUAUAAUUUAAAUUUGGUAAAAAUAAGAGAAGGACUAAUGGAUUUAUAAUAAAAAAUUGGAACCUGAGCAUAGAGGUACAAUUUUGAAAUUAUCCAUUAUUCAAAAAGUACAAUAAUAACAUGUUCAGAAGAUUAAGUAAUGUUUUAAUAAUAUGGUCAAAUAUUAGACAAUUAUGAAGAUUAAUUUCCAAGAUAAGAAAUUUGAUGUUUUGUUAGAUGACAAACCAAUAAAUGAUAUGAUCUUGAUAGAUUCUUAAAUAAUUUUUAUAACUGAAGAUAGAAUGAAGGCUUUUGAUUCAAAUAAUAAAUAAAUAACCAAUGACAUUUAAGGAUGCGAAUAAUAGAUAUAUAUUAAAGCAAUCACUAAAUAAAUAUUUGUUAUAGGAAAUUAAAAAGGCUCUGUUUUGAUCUGUAAUUUUGAUGAAAAGAAAUCAUCCCUUAUAAUAUAGAAAUAAAUAUCAAUACAUCUUAAAGAAAUUAAAUAUAUUGAAAGAAUAGAUUCAAUGUAAUAUAACCAACUAUUUAAGGUAAUUUGUUACUUCUUCAUGAUGGAAAAAAUUGUUUUGUAACAGUAGGUGGAAAAAUAUUGA